UUGUAAUGAGAUAUUAUGAUCACCAGCCUUGGCUUGUGUCAGGGUUUUCUGAAAUGUAAUGUAAUUUGAUAAUCUAAGCUCAUACAUUGUUGCGUAAAUGCCCCACUUGGCGUCACUGUUGACCGUGGCAAUGAGAUAUUGUUUUUGGUGUCUCGAGGCCCCUCCCAGUUUCAGAGGGUGAGAACAUUUCUCGGGGCUUUGUUACAAAGAGACGCAGGGUGAGUGAGAGAAAGAGACCGAGACUGUUCGGAGGCAACAUCAAUGUUUACCGUGUAAAAAUUCUGGAUUGGAAACAUAUUUCGCGAAGCUUUGAUUGUUUGACAAAUAUUCGUAUCUUUGGAUCUAUGCUUAGCUCACCUUCGAUGGAAAUAUGUCUUUACCGAAUAGAAGGAGAUCUUUUGUGACGUAUUUAGUGCUUGUGCUGCUGGAGUGUUACUGGGAAGCGGUGUCCGGGCAGCUCUCCUACUCCGUCUCAGAGGAGGUAAACCCGGGGACUUCCGUGGGAAAUAUCGCAAAGGAUCUAAACCUCAAUGUCCAGGAUUUGGAGUCGCGUAUGUUUCAGAUUAUCACUGGGUCCAAGAGAAAGUAUUUCGAGGUAAAUCUAAAGACUGGUGUUCUCUAUGUGAAUGAGAGAAUCGACAGGGAGGAGCUCUGUGCAAAUGCUCCUAAAUGUACAGUCAGUGUAGAGGCCGUUAUCAACAAUCCGUUGAAACUCUACCGUGUAGAAAUUAAUAUUUUAGAUGUUAAUGAUAAUGCUCCAUCUUUCCGAGCGAAAUCACAAACUAUAGACAUUGCUGAAAACACUUUUCCAGGGGUACGAUUUCCGUUGUUAGACGCAUCUGAUGUAGAUGUUGGAAAGAAUGCUCUCAAUACAUACAAACUGGGCCCUAGCCAGCAUUUUUCCUUAGCGGUGCACAAAGGGGGUGAGAGUGUGUCUGCUGAGUUAGUAUUGCAGAAAGCUUUAGACCGAGAGAAACAGCCUGUGAUCCAGCUCACACUGACCGCUUUAGAUGGUGGAAAUCCAGCAAGGUCAGGUACAUUGGAAGUAAUAGUUCAUGUUCUGGAUAUAAAUGAUAACGCUCCAGUUUUCACCACGUCUUUGUACAAGACACGUAUGAUUGAAAAUGCACCAAUAGGAACGACUGUCAUAACUUUAAAUGCGACAGACUUUGAUGAGGGUACGAAUAGUCACCUUGUUUAUUCUAUCAGCAAAAAUGAGAAGGAUCAUAUCCUCCAGAUGUUCGAUAUUGAGCCAAAAACGGGGACAAUUACAGUUAAAGGUAAUAUUGACUAUGAAGAACAUACUGCAUUUGAGAUCCGUGCCCAGGCGAGUGACAGAGGGCAGCCCCCGAUGGCAUCUCAUUGUAAAAUAUUGGUAGAAGUGGUGGACCUCAACGACAAUGCCCCUGAGAUCACUGUGACGUCACUCAUAGACACAGUGAAAGAGGACGCUAAGGUUGGCACUGCAGUUGCACUCGUGUCAGUCCUCGAUAAAGAUGGUGGCAAAAAUGGGUUGGUACAUUGCGAGGUUAAGAAUAAAGUCCCCUUUAAAUUAGAGAUGAACUAUAAAAAUUAUUACUCUUUAGUGGUCGAUGGGCAUCUUGACAGAGAGAGGGCUUCUCAGUACAAUGUCACCAUCACAGCUACGGAUGAUGGGACCCCGCCUCUCUUCAGCACCAGCGUUAUUACUGUGCACGUUUCUGAUGUGAAUGACAACGCUCCUCGCUUCUCAGAACCCGUGAUUAAUGUUUAUGUUAAAGAGAACAGUCCGGUAGGAGAUGUAAUUAAAACGGUGUCUGCAGUUGAUGCUGACGUCAAUGAAAAUAGUCAUGUGACCUACUCAUUUUUAGAGAGUAACAGCAACUCAGUGCAGCUGUCUACAAUGGUCAAUAUAAACUCAGUCACUGGAGAUAUAGUCAGCCUGCAGUCUUUUAACUAUGAGGAGAUAAAAACUUUCCAGUUUAAAGUUCAGGCCACAGACUCUGGUGUUCCUCCUCUCAGCAGCAACGUGACUGUGAACGUUUUUAUUCUGGAUGAGAAUGACAACAGUCCUGGGAUUCUCGCGCCCUAUUCUGAGCACGGCUCCGUUAACACUGAGAACAUUCCCUAUUCUACUGAAGCGGGCUACUUUGUGGCCAAGAUAAGGGCAGUAGACUCCGACUCUGGUUACAAUGCGCUGCUUUCUUAUCACAUCUCUGAGCCCAAGGGAACCAACCUCUUCCGAAUCGGAACCAGCACCGGGGAACUAAGGACUAAGAGGAGAAUGAGUGACAAUGACUUGAAAACACACCCGUUGGUCGUAUUGGUUUCUGAUAACGGAGAACCCUCACUGUCAGCGACUGUGUCUAUUGAUGUAGUGGUGGUUGAAAGUACAGGUGAAAUCCAGACUCAAUACAGAAACGUACCAAGAAAGGACGAGAGCUUCUCUGAUUUAAACUUGUAUUUGCUGAUCGCCAUUGCUUCGGUGUCAGUGAUAUUUUUACUGAGCCUCAUCAGUUUAAUAGCUGUAAAAUGCUUACGGACAGACGACAGUUUCAAAAGGUACAGCGCCCCAAUGAUCACCACACACCCCGACGGGAGCUGGUCUUACUCUAAAUCUACUCAGCAGUAUGACGUGUGUUUCAGCUCAGACACAAUGAAGAGUGACGUUGUGGUUUUUCCCGCACCGUAUCCACCUGCAGAUGCAGAACUGAUCAGUAUUAAUGGAAAUGACACGUUUGACAGGACUCAGACAUUACCCAACAAAGACAAGGUUUCUUAG